AUGUCGUCGGCCAAAGCGACAAAGAAGAGCGCCUUCUCGUGCGAGCCGUGCCGACGGCGCAAAGUCAAAUGCGGAGGCGAACAGCCUGCCUGCAACCGCUGCGUCGCAAGAGAGGACGAUUGCCUCUACAAGCUGCAAGCAGGCCUCCCGUUCCCCGACGAAGCGGUCGUUGACCGAUGGAGCCUCGAGAAGCGAAUCAGCGAGCUCGAAAGUGAACUCGCCAAGUUCACCUCGGCCUCGACCUCGUCGCACUCGAGCCCUCCCCUGAACACCGUCCCUGACGGUCCACCGCACGCUCGGCCCGCCGACGAACGCCUCCUCGUCCCGAGCUUCCGCGGCUUCAAGAUCGACGACAGGGGCACCAUCACCUACCACGGCACCACGAGCUUCUUCAGUCUCCCCAGCGAGCAGGCGUCCGCGACCGCUCCCGAUUGCCUCGCGCCCGUCGAUAGCGAUUUCGACAGGAGAGAGCGCUUGGUCAACAACGCCUGGCAGCAACGCGCGUUGGAAAACUUGUCCAACAUCCCCGAACCGUUUCAAUACCUCCUCAACGUGCACUGGACCUACAUCAAUCCCAUGUUCUCCUUCGUCUACAGACCGGCGUUUACGAGAGACAUGCAGUCGCUCGGGCCGUACUACUCGCACACGCUCCUCAACGCCAUCAUCUCGCAUUCCAUCCGAUGGGGUCAGGGUGAUCAGUCGAUCAAGAGACUGCUGGACGAGUCGUACGACGCAGGCGCCAUCUUCGGCAAGCACGCCCGAAACAUGGUCUUUGACGAGCUCAGCCGGGGCGUCUGCGGCAUCCCGACGAUACAGACCUUGCUUCUCCUGAGCGCCCAGGAGAGCAGCCUCGGAAACUCGACGCAGGCGUGGACGUACAGCGGAAUCGCCUUUCGCCUCAUCGAUCACCUGGGCAUAUGCGUCGACGCGCAGCGGUACUCGACCUCCCUCACGCUCGCCGACGAGGACCUCGAGAUUCGACGGCGCCUCUUCUGGAGCUGCUACUUUUGGGAUAAGCUCAUCAGCCUGUACCUCGGUCGGCCUCCGUCGGUGCGCCAGUCGACCGUCUCCCCUCCGCAGAUCAUGUUCGAUGACUCGGCCGAGGAAGAAAUAUGGAUUCCCUUCGGCCCGCAGCAGUCCGGCCUUGGCUGGAAGUACCCUCCGACCAAGGCCCAUUCCGCAACGUGCUUCAUGAGCGCCUGUCGGCUGUCGGUCAUCUUCAACGAGAUACUCGUCCACAUGUACGACCCCCUCUCCCAAAACACCGACGGCGAAGUCAUGGACUGUCUUCGGACGCAAGAGCCGGCCUUGAAGGAGUGGUGGGCCCAGCUUCCGCCGCACCUCAAGAUAAACCCUCGCUCCCUGCCGCCGUUGGCCCCUCCGUCGCACAUCGUGACGCUGAACUGCCUGUACCACACCUUCAAGAUCCUUCUCUACCGGCCGAUCCUCACCAGACGAGUGAAGCGCGAGCUCGGCGGAAGCUAUUCCGCUGAGGAGUGCCUCGUCGAGUGCGUGCGCUCGGCGACGGCCAUCAUCACCAUCUUCGACCUGUUCUGCCGGACCUUUACCAUCAACUACUGCAUACUCUCCCUCGCCUACGGCGUCUACAUCUCGGCCUCCAUUUUUCUCCUGCAGGUGCAGGCGAGCUCGGAGAGCAGCAACGCGAGGAUGAAGCUCGGCUACUGCAUCCAAGUCCUGCAUCAGGUCAAGGUCAUGUCUCCAGUCAUCAACAACGCCUUGGUUCUCAUCAACAAAGAGCUGGUAUCGGUUGGGAUAUGCCUGGACAUGGGGCCGCCGGACCAAGCGCAGCCGCAGCAGUCGACGGAGCAGAUGGGAGCGCCCGGUUCAAUGUAUCACGGCCCAGCCGACGGCCAGAUGCCAUCUCCCGCUCACCCCAUACUGCAGCCUACAAUCCAUAGUUUCGGCCCAGAGUCGAUGGCGAUACAUGCCGGCAUCUUCGAGGCCAUGUCAACCCUGGAGCCUCUGAGCGUGAGGGUUGGAGCAAUUCACGGCUCGGAACAUGAUGCAAAUCUUGUCUAG